AUGCAUUGCAUGGAGUAUACUCUAGCUAAUUUAUAUCCUGUUGAAAAAGAUGAUCUGGAUUCAUUUAUGUUCCAAACGGUAGGACAUCAAGGUGUUAAGUAUAUUGCUCAAGCUAUAGGCUUGCCUAUAUAUCGUUAUCCAACAUUUGGCAAAGCAAACGUGCAAGAGAAAUAUUAUUAUCCUACAGAAAGUGAUGAAGUUGAAGAUCUUUUUAAGCUUUUGAGUACAGUAAAGGAACGUGAAAAUAUAGAGGCUGUGUCAAGCGGUGCUAUUCUUAGUGAUUAUCAACGAAUUCGUGUGGAAAAUGUGUGCAAUCGUUUAGGUCUUAUUUCCUUGUCGUAUUUAUGGAGACGGGACCAGGAUGAGCUGUUAAAUGAAAUGAUACAGAGUUCUGUUAACGCAAUAUUGAUUAAAGUUGCGGCUUUAGGCCUUGAAAUCAAACAUUUGGGCAAAUCUAUAUGUGAAAUGCAACCUCAUCUCAUUAAAAUAAAAGAAAAAUAUGGAGUAAACAUAUGUGGAGAGGGAGGAGAAUAUGAAACUUUUACUUUAGAUUGCCCCUUGUUUGCUAAAAGUAUUGUAAUCGAUGAGUAUGAGAGUAUUGUAAAUUCGAGGGAUGACGUAGCACCUGUAGGAUACCUCGGAUUUACAAAGAUCCAUUUAGAAGAUAAGGAUAAUGGAGAAUUGGAGAAGUUAAGUCUAUCUGAGAGACUAAAAAAUGUUUUGAUAAAGUCGCCACAGGAUUAUAUUGCUGAAAUCAUUGGUCCUGAACUACAUGAUGGUUGUAAUUUAUCAGAAGAUGAAAAUGAUGAGCAUGCAUGUGAAAGUAAUAGUUUGAAGGCAUCGAACUCAGGUCAGUUUCAUCCUCCGAGCCCAAUGGAGAUUUUGUACGAAGAUGAAGAUUGCCCAGAUGCUCCGGUCGUUAACAGAAAUCAAACAGGAUGGUUCUGGUUUGGAGGUAUUAUAGGAAAACAUCCGGAUAUAACACCUGCUAUAGAAGAGGCACUGGAAAAACUAAGCACUCUGAUACAAAAUGAAAAUUUGUGUCCAUCUGACAUAGUCGCGAUAACAUUGUAUAUAAAAGACAUGUCGAAUUACAAGGCUAUAAACGAAGUAUACGUUUCCUGGUUGGGUAAGAGAAAUCCGCCAGUUCGUGUAUGUGUAGAAUGUCCUUUGAACGUACAUGUUGCACUUGAUGCGACUGCAUAUAAGGAGAGUCAAGAAGGCGGCGAUAAAUGGGCCUGUAAGCGACACACGAUGCAGGUUCAAAGUAUAAGCCACUGGGCACCCGCCAAUAUUGGUCCUUACUCUCAGGCUGUUCGUGUAGGUGAUGUUAUUCUAGUUGCUGGGCAAAUACCUUUGGUGCCUGGCAAUAUGAAUCUUCUAGAUAUGAAUAUUAAACGGCAGUGUCGUUUAACGUUGAGGCACAUAGAUCGCAUUGUUAAGGCUAUGGAUGCGAAACUUCGAGAUAUAGUACAAGGUAUCUGUUUCCUGACUCACUCUAGUUACAUAGCAGAUGCAAGGAAGGAGUGGGAAAGGAGAACUAGAAAUGCUAUUAUAGAUUACGUUGUUGUACCAAAUUUACCACGUGGUGCUCAAGUUGAGUGGUGUGUUUGGGCUCAUAGGGAUAAUAACCGAUUCGAGUACGAGGAAACAGGAAAAUGUGUGGCUAAUUUUAGGAUAGCUAUCAGACGUAGAUGGAAUUAUGAAAAUAAUGUUUCGGCGAUUGUAUGUUACAUGUCUACCGGUUCAUCCAAUUCCACUGGUAAUUUGACAACGGAGGCGAGUUUGCCAUCCAUGGAGCUGAAUGCAAAUGAAUUGUCGGAGGCUUUCGAUUAUCUAUUGUGUAAACUCAGGAAAGGCUCGCAAAGCGCAAAUCCAACAUGUAUUUUGCGAAUAUUUUACAAAGUCGGCAGCUUUUUGGGCCCAAAUUUCCUUCACAACGUCCUGUCGAAGUUUUCUACGCAGAAUUUAGUGAUUAUCAUUAUACCGGCUAUUCAAUUACACAAUUUCAGUACUUUAUUAUCUAUAUAUGGUAUUAGGCACGAGUAAAUACUCAAAAUGAUUUUUUACACUGUCAAUUAUUCAUCGGAAUUGGAGCGCACAUUUAGUAUAAAAAAAUUGAUGCUUGAAAAACAGCACGCAGGUAAGAGAGCUGUUUUGACACGAGAACAUGAAAAAGGAAAAAAUACGUUUAAAGUUUUUUUGUUUCAUUUUAUAGAAUACUCAUUUUAUAGAAUACUCACGGAGUGAAACUAUAAUUUGACUGAUCGUGAAUUACAAUCGAAAUUGUGUGAAUCUUUGUGUAUUUUUUUUUAAAACAGCACUUUUGUUUUAUACAUCUUUUUACAGCUAUUGUUUUAAUUUUUUCGACCGUUAUGAAUCCAAUGCUGCUCGAAGGAGAAUGAAGGCAUUGCAACGGAAUUUAAAAUUAAGUCUUGUGUACGUGCGCAAAUAAUUCUCGAUGUUAUUUUGCUUCACUGACGGUCCGAUAGAUAUAUUUGAGCACUCGCGUUUCAUACGCGUUAUAUACGCGAGAGACACGGCUGUUGGUUCGACAUUUACUGACGAUGUAGUUACACCGCUGUUUCUUCUAGCCACACUUUUAUGUAGUUUUCUCGCAAGCCCCAUUUUCCUACGAAUAUUGAAGAUACAUCCCGUAUCCUUUUGAAUAUAAUAGCAACAAAAGUGCAGCUAAGAAGAAACAGACGCUAUAUUAUCGUAUAUCGAGUACUACUAGUCAAUGACGGGUCAAGUGCAAUUCUAAGCUGUGAGCCCGUCCCCGUUUAGCGCAUAAGUGCUCUUUAACAACGCGACUACAUAUUAGGUAUAAUAAUACUCGUACUGCUGAUUACGCUAUGAGAUUUCUUUUUUCUUUUGCUCAAAGUAUACGUUAUUUUAUGGCGUUGUAAAUCAUAUGCGGAAUGUUAACAUGUGUGAUGUUUCUCUAAGCGACAUUAAAUCGUGCACAGCCAUUUUAAACCAGCACUCGACAUUACUCGAAUUCUAAACGAAAGGAAGGAAACGAAUGAUUGUUGUCGCGAAGAAGAAAUUGUGGGUUAUCGCUGGAUGUCUCCGGUGCGAUUUGAUUUAUGAUUGAGCACGUAGAGCAUAUGUGAAACAUACAUAUGUGUAUGUAUGUAUGUAUAUACAUAUACAUUCUUCACAAAGAUGUUCUUCGCUGUCACUAAUGCUGCCGGUAUCGCUAGAUAAUUGCAUUACCGAUUGAUUGAGUGUGUCACCGAAAUUAUGGUGGAAAAAAAUAUACCAUGACUAGAACAAUAUCACAGUUUUAAAAAAACCAGGAAAAGAAAUUGAAGUCGGCCAAUUCGAUAUAACAUGCUAUGGCAGUAGUUUUGUAUUUUUCGCGCGUACGCACUGUUUAGAAAUAUCUUGUACAGAUUGCAUUGCAAUACAAACUCUAAGAUUAUUCUGACGUAAUAUUAUAUACAAGGUUGAUGCAACGAUAUGCCAAAGUUUAUAUUUUGCAACUUGCUCAUUUUUUAAACAGUCGCAAUUACUAUCGUUAUUCUGUAUGUGUACAUAAUGCAACAUAAUCUAACACUUAUAUAAAUAUAUUAUAACUGAUUUUUGACAGCGAAAAAGAGAAAGAGCGCACUGUUCAAAAUGUGGAUACUCUGUAAUGAUAAGUAUGUAAAAACACAUGCAAAAGAAAGGAUGUUUAUUCACAUCUGAUUUCCGCAACAGAACACUAAUCCGAGGAUUAUGUCGUAAAAGAAAAAUAAAGAGAAUGAUAUAUAUUUUUAAGAAAUAGC